AUGGCGGCGGCGCUGGGGGCGCUCCUGGCGCUGCUCGGUGUGCCCCUCCAGGUGUGCUCCCUGCAGGUGUCGGUACCUGAGCCCCGCACCGUGGCUCUGCUCUUCCAGCCCGUUCUGCUUCGCUGCCAAUUCCAGGUGAGCUCACCUGGGCCCCCCCCCAUCGUCACCUGGAAAUACAAAUCCUUCUGUCCCGACACCUCGGGGGCCUCACCUGGCGACACCUGGGGCUCACCUGGCGACGCCGCCGGGGCCUGCCCGGACUCGGCUCGCACCGUGCGCAUCGUGGCCACCAAACAGGGAGAGCAGGUGACCCUGGGGGACUUCUACCUGGGCAGGCCCGUGACCAUCCGAGGAGGUGUGCCCCUCCAGGUGUGCUCCCUGCAGGUGUCGGUACCUGAGCCCCGCACCGUGGCUCUGCUCUUCCAGCCCGUUCUGCUUCGCUGCCAAUUCCAGGUGAGCUCACCUGGGCCCCCCCCCAUCGUCACCUGGAAAUACAAAUCCUUCUGUCCCGACACCUCGGGGGCCUCACCUGGCGACACCUGGGGCUCACCUGGCGACGCCGCCGGGGCCUGCCCGGACUCGGCUCGCACCGUGCGCAUCGUGGCCACCAAACAGGGAGAGCAGGUGACCCUGGGGGACUUCUACCUGGGCAGGCCCGUGACCAUCCGAGGAGUUUUGGGGUGA